CACAUAAUGAAGUGUAGUGGGAGACAAAGCCCCCACACACUCAAGGUCAUGCAUGGUACGAAAAAGAAAAAGGGGGAAGAAUUUAAUUCUUCUUAUCUCAAAUGUUUAAAGUGUAUUUUAUUUGAGAUCAAUAAUUUUUAUGAUAUAAAAUAAAAUACCCAAAACAUUUUAACACAAGUAUAUAAAAUAUACUUUAAAAUAGUUUUUUGUCAUAUAUAUAAAAUGUCUUCUCUCUCCUCCCUCCCUCCUCCGCCACUCCCUGCCGGCGACGGCCAUGGCCUUCCUCCUCCCAAACUCCCCCCUCCCCACAACGCUGCCAGCGACAGCUGCCAGCCCAAACACCUCACCAAUAUCAGGGCCGAGGGUCUCACUCCCCUACCACCAUCAUCCUCUGUUCCUCCACCAAGGCACGACGUCAAACGCUCUUUCGUUGAUGUCAUUGGAGCUUCAUCUUCCUCCCAUGCCUCCAUCAGCUCGAGGCCCAUUACCAAAUACAAAGGGUUUCCGGCGAUCUCCUUCUCUCCGGCAGAGGUGAAAACACUCUCUGCUCCCUAUGAAUUCUCACUAGUAGGACGAUUCUCUAAGUCCAGGCCUCCUCUCCCAGUUAUUAAGCAAGUUUUGGAACGUAUUGGCUUCAAACAUAGCUUCUCAGUAGGGGUCUUGGCUCCAUCUCAUAUUCUCCUUACUUUCAGCAAUGCAGAGGAUUAUCAAAGAUGUUUCUCUAAGCGUCUUUGGCAAAUCCAGGGAUGCCCCAUGCAUGUGUUCAAAUGGAGUCCAAACUUCCAUUGUGAUGAGGAAAGCCCAAUGUUCCCCAUUUGGAUUUCGCUGGAACACCUCCCUGUCCAUCUCCAUUCUCCGGUUGCUCUUCAUGCCAUUGCGAAAAUAUUUGGAAAGCCCCUAAUGCUGGAUGCAGCAACCUCCUCUCGGUCAAGGCCUUCAGUGGCUAGGUUCUGUGUGGAACUUGAUGUCUCCGGCGACCUCCCCACUAAAUUCUUUCUUGACAACGGCAACAAAGGGCUCUGGCAGCUAGUGCAUUAUGAGCAGGUCCCCCAAUUCUGCACAGACUGCAGGAAAACUGGACACAAAGCUGGAGAAUGCCAGCAAGCCAAAAACAUGACUCCAAAACCAUCACAGGACACACCUCAAACCAAUGCAGGACCUCUCUUCACCUGGACUGGGAAACGCUCCAAUGGGAUAAUUUCGAGGAAACUUGACCGCUUCCUCAUCAACCCAAUGGCUGAUAAUCUCUACUCCACAGUGCACUAUUCCAUCCUCAACAAAACAACCUCGGAUCAUAGCCCCAUUCUCUUUAAGGCUACCUUUCAAGCCUCCACCAAACCAAAAAGCUUCCGGUUCCUUAACCUUCGGACCUCCCAUCCCUCCUACCUAGUCACCCUCAAGAAUACUUGGGACUCUAUCCAUACGGGAAGAGGAAUGCAUGGACUUUACCUGAAACUUCAAGCCACACAAAAAUCCCUUAGUUACUGGAGCAAAAACACUUAUGGCAACUUCUUCAACAAUGUCAAACUAGCAGAGGAAGAAUGCACAAAAGCAGAGGAGGAGUACGAGGACAACCCUAACACAUGCAGGGCUAGAUGGCGCAAACAACACAUUCACUCCAUCCUCAACACCCAAGGAAUCCAGGUCACCAAUGAGGCAGAAAUCCUAGAAGCUAGAACCUCUUAUUUUCAGGACCUCUUCAGCCCCCAACCCACCCACAAUAUGGAGCUCAUCCUUCAUCACAUCCCACACACCAUUACUGCUCCUCAGAAUGAGUCCCUUUGCCUUUUACCAAACAGGGAAGAAAUUAAGAAUCUUGUCUGGCACUUGGACCCCAAUAGCUCAGCUGGGCCAGAUGGAUUCAAUGGCAACCUUAUAAAAUACAACACGGGCAGGAUCCAAACGGUAAACCACCUUACCUUUGCUGAUGAUGUCUUGAUCUUCACUAAUGGAUCCCUUCACAAUCUCAAAAAACUAAGAAGUUUUCUUACCAGCUUUGAGGAAGCAACAGGUCUCCACCUCAAUCUUGCCAAAAGCCAGAUUAUUUCCCCCAAACCGUCGUCCAACCACGCUAGACGACAAGCAAACUGUCUGGGGAUGAAAGUAACUCCCCUUCCCAUCACCUACCUUGGCGUCCCCCUCUACAAAGGGAUCAAUAGGUCCAAAUACUGCCAGGACCUCCUCAGGAAAUUCGACCUCAAACUAUCGAGCUGGAAAAUGCACACCCUCUCCCAAGCAGGAAGACUUACACUCAUCAAACAUCUUCUCUCCACCCUCCCUCUCCACACCAUGUCCUCUUCUAGACUUCCUGAAUCGAUCCUCUCCUUGAUCGAAGGCAAGCUUCGGCAAUUCUUUUGGGGAAAAAAUGCUGAAGGGUCCAAGCAUGCAUGGGUGGCAUGGCACCAAAUUUGUAAACCACUAGAUGAAGGGGGCCUAGAUAUCCCAAACCUACGCACCCUUCAACAAUCUUUUGGGUGCAAACUCUGGUGGAAAUAUCAGUUCACCUCGUCUCCAUGGGUCUCCUUCAUCAGGCAAAGAUACCACCGGAGUGGCUCUUUCACCUCAACUAUCAUUGAUAGCCCGUCUUGGAAGAGAAUAUGCCAAGCUGAUGAUUUCUGCACAGAUAACUCUAACUUCAUCAAUGGCAUGCCUUACUGGGAGUUAGGGAUCCAGGGCUCCUUUUCCCUAAAAAAUGUCGCCCUCAAGCUUCAGGAACCCGGCCCUUCUAUGCUUACUGCAAAAAUCCCCUGGCCCAAAAAAGGAAUUCCAAAGGCUAACCUCUUCCUUUGGAAAACCCUAAACAAAGCCACCCCCUUUGCAAAUAACCUCCAAAAACUGGGCUUCAACCUCCCAUCCAUCUGCAUGUUCUGCGAGCAAGAAAGAGAAUCUGAUUUCCAUUGCCUUAUGCUCUGUCCCAAAGCAAGUAUUAUCCGGAAUAAUCUUGGACAACGGCUCCACCUGCCAAGGAUCUCCAACUCCUCCUUCCAACACAACUUAGUCAUGUGGUGGCUUUCAACGUCACCUUCUGAUCAUCUCUUCCACGCCAAACGCACCAUCCAAACCAUUAUUAUGUGGGAGCUGUGGAAGACUUACAACCGGGUGAGGCUGAACCAGGAAAAAUUUAAAGUUGAGAAAACCCUUGAAGAAAUCAAACAUACACUCAAUGCAUGGUCACUUGCAACCAAAGGAACCAUUCUCCCAACCUCAAUCCACCGGAAACCUCUCACAUCAUUCAAGCUUAUUCGUUUCCCUCCAAAUCCCUAUCAGCUCAAGCUUAACGUGGAUGGCAGUGCAAGCACUCGAGGAUGCGGUGGCGGAGCUGUUUUAAGAGAUCAUCAGGGCAACUUUCUCCACGAUGGACCCUUGAAAAUCCAAAUGGAGAAUCCCGAGAGGAAUCUAGCCAAUCCAGAUGUAGUCCAGUACAUUCCAAAGCCCAAGGAGAAAUGGGAUGAUAGAGAUUGCAAGAAACACAAUCUGGACAACAUCGGCAAAGCAGCCAUCUUCAAGACACUUGAUCCCAUCACCUUCUGCAAGAUCAAGCAUCUCAAUACUGCCAUGGAGAUAUGGUUACUGAGGUCUCUUCCAACCGAGUGGUACAACAAGGCCACAGCCAUGGAAGAAGGAAGAAAUCGAGAGAACUACACUGUCCAAGGUCUCCUUGAUGAGCUCAGAACCUAUGAGCAUGAGCUGAAGAAGAAGAAGGAAGAACAAGUCACUCCUUUUCCCACGGCACUGAUGACAACUCCAAGAAUCCCAUCAAGUGAAGGGACAUGUCCAAGGAACUGUGACACACCUUCCUCCAGCCAGCCGUCAAGCUCAAAAACGGAGAACUACGAUGAGGAAUAUGCUAUGAUGGUCAAGCAAUUCCGGAAGUUCAAGAAGUUCUUCAAGAAAGCUGACUCAGUCAGAAGGCCAUCCAAGGGAAAGCCACAGGUAAGUGACUCUCCUCCUGAAUCUUAUUUGUGUUACAAUUGCAGGAAACCUGGCCAUUGGAAGUCAGCAUGCCUGUACCCAAAAGUGGAGAAGUACGGAGAAAGAGAAAGGAACGAGAAGAAGAAGAAGGAAAUGGUUGUAGCUGAAAGUGAUGAGUCAUCCAGCUCAAGCUCGGAUGAAGAAGCCCUCGUCUGCAUGGAGCGCAGAGCUGAGAAGUCCAACCAUGAGGAUCGGUGGACUAUGUCAGAAGAUGACACCCUCUGCCUAAUGGCCAAAGAUGAUGCUGAUCAAGAGGCUGAAAAUGAAUCUCUCUCUGAAAAGGUGAAAUCCCUCAACAAGGAGCUAGGGAUACUUAAGUCCAAAGAAGCAGUGGAUAAGCUUCUUGAAAGGACCAAACAUAAAGGUCGUGAAGGACUUGGGUUUGACCCCGCCAGUUCCAAAAGGAGAGGGAGAACAACUUUUAUCCCUCCUAAACUUACUGCCAGACCCAAUAAGCAGAAAGGAAAGGAAAAGGAGAAACCAACAGAAGUUCCCAAAAAGGACAUGGCAUCCCUCAAGAACAACUCCACAAAUGAAGUCAUUCUCACUGGGAAGAGAAUCAGAAACAUCUAUGAAGUGAUGUGGGAUGAUGUCAAGGAAGCAUGCCUAAUCAGCAAAGACAAGGAUCAAGAAGUCAAUGAAGAAGAUAGAAUGAAGCCUACGGAAUUCAUUCCAUUCGGAAGUCUACCACUGAAGACUUCACAAAGAAAUCCGGAUUCAGACGGUGCUGAGCCUACCAGAAAUCUUGGCCAACCUUCCAAUAUUCCGGAUCACUCACAUGGUGACAAUUCCGGAAAUGGCGACCGAGUGCCAAUCCAUCCGGAAUCACCAACAACUUCUGUUCUUCAACCAGAAGCUGAACUAGAUCAACCGACCUAUCUGGAGAUGAUUGCUGCUCAAGAACUCUCCGAAUUCCUUGAUAUGGAGAUUCACUCCAAAUAUGAAGAUGAAGUUCUUGAAUUCUACAGAAAUGGAAAGUCUGAAGAAGUCAUCAAAGAGGAAGAAGCACCACACACUUUGGCAGUGGUGAAUCUAGAUGAAGAAGAAGAAGUUCCUGCCCAGGGGGAACUUCAGAAGAAGAAGAAAAGAAGAAUUCUCUCUCCCUCCACAUCUGGAAGUGCCAACCCGGAUGAGUUGGUGGGAAAGGAACCAGUUGAGGAACCCUCUGCACACAACGAGAUCCCUCAACAAUUGGAUGAAGAAACUCCUCAAGAUCAGAGUUUUCCAUCUCCUCCAUUACAAGCUCAAACAGAUGAUGUAGAGAGCCAAUUCAUGCAGCUCUACUUUUACUGGAGAGCUUGGAAGGUUGGAAAUUCAGCAGAGCAGUUGUUGGGAUGGGACCAACAACUGAAAAAUGAGAAGAUAAUCAAGAAAUGCUUGGGUCUGCCAGUCAAUCAUUGUUGUGAGCAAAUUCUGGAUGUUGACUGGUCUACAGGCCAAUAUUCUCAAAGGCAACAGAAGAGCAGAUGGUUCUCACCACUGAAGCACAUGCUGAUAUGGAAGCAACAGCAGAAGACUUCCAAGUCUUUCCGGAAAACUUACAUGCCUUUGAAACGGUUCUUCCUGAAGCUGUCCAAGAGAAUGCAGCUUCUCCACAACAAGAACAGAACCAGGAAGCAUCAGAGGAAGAACUCCUUCAACUCCUCCAAACUCAAGUUCAAGAGAUCCUCACAACUCCAUGUGAGAUCUCCAAACCAACUGAACUUGAGAUUCUGGAGAAGUCAGCAGAGAAUUGCUGAAAAUCAGAAGGAAGCAUUCAAGCUGUUCAGGCAUUUUGGGACCUACACUGGCAAACGCAAGCUAGAUGUAAUUGUCCAACACAAUAGUCCAUCCCUGAUCCCACAGCUCCCUAUUGAAGUCAAGAAAGGAGAACUCACAUACAUUCCAUCUCAUCUGAACAUGACGGAAUUAAUACUUGAAGCCCAGCAGAGCAAUCCGGAGAACUCAACGCAGCAUCUGACAGAUUCUGGUCUUGAUGGAACAGAAGCUGUAGGAACCAUUGCCUCUCACUUCUCAAAUGAUGCUCAAACUAAGGAAAGAAAUAACAACCUCAGGCGCAUCAAAGAAGAGUGUGGAAUCAUGCAAGGCAUUGGUGAGACUGCCGGAUCAUCCAAGCGCAAGAAGCAAUGAAGGCUCUUUUCAUCAAAUCAGGGGGAAGUAUGUGAAAACAUUAUUGUGCUUUGAUGAAAGCACCUUCUUGUUUAAACAUGAGUUUUUGGUUUAAACAUUGCUUAAUACUUCUCUUAAUUAUGCUUAUUAUGCUUGAUCAUAUUCAUUUUAAGUAUGAUUUUUGAGAUUUAUUUUUAAGCGCAUACAUUCAGGGGG